CGGAGGGCAGCUGCCGGAGCAGGCGUCGGUAGGCGGAGAACCUGGCGCGCUCAUCUGAAAUGGCUUCACACACAAAAGUACGACCACUGGCACGACGUUCGCAAGUCCAGUGAGUUUCCAGGCAUCGAGCGGCGGGAAGAAAAAGCCUCCGAAAGAGGAGGAGGACUGCCGAAAAGGAGGAAAAGAAGACAGGAAAAAGGAGGACAAGGACGGACCAGGGUGAUCGUUUUCGCCGAAGCCGAUCGGACGUUGGCCGACGGAUGCGCGCCGAGUCGGGAGUCAUGCCGGCGCCCCUGCGAGCAGGAACAGGAAGUCUGAAAGUGCUGCACUUCUUGUUGGCGGUGCUCGUGGGUCUUCCGGAACAGGGCGUCAGUCUGGAGCUGAUUCCACUGGCCUCGCAGGUUCUGCUCCAGCCUCAGUCCAACUUCACCGUGGUGUGUUCCGGCUGGAGCGAGGUGUCCUGGCGCUUGCCGCGGCAGGAGCUUGAAGAGGGCAACGCGGCGGUGGAAAAGGAGGGAUCCCGCAGCGUCCUGCAGCUCUUCAACGUCACCUGGAGGAAUUCCGGCAGGUACGCCUGCGAGGAGUCGGCGUCCGAUCAGGUCAGGGAGAUGGACAUCUUCGUACCCGGACGAGGUCCGCACGAGUGGUUUGUCCCGGCGGGUUCCGGCGUGGUGAUGAAGGACGGGGAGGAGGCCACCAUCCCCUGCGCCGUGUCCGAUCCGCUUCUCAACGUCAGCCUGUACCGGCGCGGGGACAAAACGCCGGCGUCGGGACCGACGUACGAGCCGGGCCGCGGCUUCACGGGACGCCUCGACGACUCGUCUUACGUGUGCGUGGCCUCCAGCGGCUCUGAGGAGACGCGCUCGCAGGUCUACUACGUCUUCAGUGUCGUGGUCGCCAAGGCGAUGGAGGUGAACUUGACGGCAUCCGGCAGCGUGCUGAAGCGCGGACAAGCGCUGCUCGUCAACUGCACCGUCCGACACGUCGACAUGGUCUACUUCUCUUGGAAGUUCCCGCGGAGCGAGGAAUUUGAGUCUCUCACAGAAUUUCUGCCCGAUCGAAUCCGUUCGUUUGUGAACAUCCCCUCGGCGACGCUGGCAGACUCCGGCGUGUAUGCGUGCGCGGUCCAGGAAAGUCUGCAGGGACGGCGCGUGGAAAAGAACAUCACAGUCAUCAUACUGGAUCGUGGUUACGUUUCCGCGCGCGCGACCCACGACACCAACGUGUCUUCGCUGGUCGGUCACACGGUGGCACUGCGGGUGGCGGCGGACGCCCACCCUCCGCCCACGGUGGCGUGGCACAAAGAUAACCGGAGCGUCAUCGUCACCGCGGGAACGACCGUCGUGUCCACCGCACGCGUGUCGGACGGCAGAUACGUCAGCACUCUGACCUUGGCGAGGGUCCGCUUGGAGCAAACGGGAAGUUACACGGCCAGCAUCUUCAAUGAAGAUGAACGGGAGGACGUGAUCUUCUACUUGCAAGUUCGAGCGCCCCCGAGGAUCACGUCGCUGACGGAGACGAGCGCUGGGGCCAUGUUGUGCGUCAGCGAAGGAGCUCCGCCCCCUUCUGUCACCUGGUUCACCUGUCACAGCGCACACGGGUGCGCCAACGGGACAGGUCGCUGGACGAGCCAAUCGGGUACUGGGAAGGGCGCGCUCCUGCAAGAGAACGUCACCGUCCUGGCGGACGGGGGCCUGACCCAGGUGCGCAGCCUGCUGAUCCCGGACAGCCCCAAGACCUUGACCGCCGUCCGAUGCGAGGCCUCCAACUCUGCGGGACGACGAGCCAGAGACCUCCGGCUGGUGUCCACUUCUCUUUUGUCUCAGGUGGCCAUGUUGGCGCUGGUUCUGGUUCUGGGGCUCAUCGCCAUCAUCUUCCUGGUCAUACUCGUCAUCCUGUGGAGAAAAAAACCUCGCUACAAAGUCCGCUGGAAGCUGAUGGAGUCCGUCAGCCCCGACGGGCUGGAGUGCGUCUACCUGGACCCCGACCGGCUGCCCUACAGCGCCGCCUGGGAAAUUCCCAGGGAGGACAUCGAGCUAGGUGAAGACUUGGCGUCGGGAGCUUUCGGACGAGUGGUGGAAGCCCGGGUGUCGGGUCUGCUCCGGGACCGCAAGACCACCAGAGUGGCCGUCAAGAUGGUCAAAUCCAACAGCGGCGCUCGUCGGUCGUUGUUGUCCGAGUUGAAGCUUUUGUGUCACCUGGGCCCUCACGUGAACAUCGUCAACUUGCUCGGAGCGUGCACGUCCGGAGGUCCCGUCUACGUCGUCACUGAGUUCUGUUGCCACGGAGACCUGGCCGGCUACCUGCGACGCCACAAACGCGCUUUUGUUCACGACGACGCACUCGCCAAGAGAGAGGCAGACGGCGGUUACAUGGACAUGAGCAAGCAGGAGGGCGCAGCCAUCGUCGGCGACAGCGAGAACGCGGCGUCGGCUCAGGACCAGCAGGUGGCGUCGUCGUCGUCGCUUCUCAUCAGCGACUCGACCGCGCUCGACCGAAGCGACCUCUGCAGCUUCUCCUUCCAGGUGGCCAGCGCCAUGAACUUCCUGUCGUCACGCAACUGCGUCCACGGAGACCUGGCGGCCCGCAACGUCCUGGUGUGCGAGGAGCGGCUGGUGAAGGUGGGCCACUUCGGCCCGGCUCGGGACCCGCUCGAGGAUCGGGACUACGUGGCCCGAGGACGCGCCUCGCUGCCGCUCAAGUGGAUGGCGCCGGAGAGUGUUUUCCACGGUGCGUACUCCUCCCGGAGCGACGUGUGGUCCUACGGGGUUCUGCUGUGGGAGAUCUUCUCUUUGGGCGACAGCCCGUAUUCGGACCUGCCCGCGCCGCGCCGAUUCUACGCCGCGCUGAAGAGAGGACACCGCUUGGCGCCGCCACCUCACGCCGACUCCAACAUUUCCGACAUGAUGCAAGCGUGCUGGAGCGAGCGUCCCGCUUCCAGGCCGUCGUUCGCGUCGUUGGCGGCGUCGCUGGACGCCAUGCUGACGGACGACCGCAGAAAGGCGUACGCCGAGCUGACGGACCGCUUCCUGACGGGCGACCAUCCGGCCGUGGUUCGGUCCCGACUGGCGUCGGCGGCCGUCGACGCGCCGAGCGACGGCGACGGCGCGACCCCGUCGCGUGAGGAAAAUGCGAGGCUUCACCGGCCGGAGGCGGGACCUUCCCACGGUGAACGCGGCCUUCCCGAAGACACGGACAGACGCGAGGGCGAGUGCGGCGCCGCGCUGGACGCCGAAAGAGCCGAGGAGCCGCUGGCUGCCCGUGAAGUGACGUCGUCGGGCGAAAGCGAGGCGGAAAGCUGUGUUUGAGAAACACGUCCGCGUGGCAUGGUAAAGAGAUCCGUCGCAUUUCUGACGGCACGCGACGCGCCCGUCCGUCCUUUCUUGUAUCGCAACUUCUUCUUCCGCUCGGCUUGAAUUAAAAACAUGAAAUGCCA